UAUACUGAAGCGAUCGCGAGGACGACCAACAGAAUACAGCGGAGCCGCGAAGGAACUUCGCUUUGCAAGACGACAAAUUAUUAUUGUUUUUACUAUUAGAGCAUAUUUUUAUUAUUUUUCUUGGAGGAAUUGAACGUACCUUCGCGAGACUGUAAUUGUUAUUCAUUGGCAAAUCGAGCUCAGAUUUAAGCGAGCACUCAAAGAGGACUUCGGUUGGAUGGUCCCUUGAAGAAUUUUCUCUCUACAAUCAUAUACUGCUUCUAAAUGGCUCUGAACAACUCUGAGGUGGGCUUAGAAGUAAUCCUAGCAAUGGACCAACUGUUGGAACUCCCCCCUUCCCAUAUGACUCCUAAACCACUGGAGGCCACAGUAAUGACACCAUGGGAUGUAGUCCUGUGCAUCUCAGGUGCCCUGAUCUGCUGUGAAAAUGCCAUCGUUGUGGCCACCAUCUUCUCUUCAUCAUCUCUACGUGCUCCAAUGUUCUUGCUAAUUGGCAGCUUGGCCUGGGCGGACUUCCUAGCAGGGGUGGGGCUCCUAUUGCACUUCCUGUCUCGCCGGUGUGUGUACUCAGAAGCGUUGGAGCUGGGCAGCGUGGGUCUGUUGGUGAGUGCGCUCAGCGCGUCUGUGUUCUCUCUGCUGGGCAUUACGUUGGACCGCUUCCUGUCUCUACAUCGAGCUCUGACUUAUGGAUCAAGGCGUGCACACACACAAACACGAUGUGCACUGGCUGUCGGCUGGACUCUUGCUGGUCUUCAGGGUGCGCUACCCGCCCUGGGAUGGAAUUGCUUGAAGGAUGGACAGUCUUGCAGCGUGCUCCGCCCUUUGACCCGGGUGCACCUGGCGACUCUCUGCGGUGGCUUUCUGCUAACCCUGGCUCUGAUGCUGCAGCUGAACACUCGAAUCUGCCGAGUCGUCCUUCGUCAUUCACACCAAAUCGCCCUUCAGAGACACACGCUACCAUCCGCACGCACACAUACGCGUCGUCGGGUGCACACCCUCGCUCUAAUUCUGGCAACAUUUGCCAGCUGCUGGAUGCCCUUUGCUCUUUACGGUCUUCUCGGCGACGGGUCCUCCCCAGUUCUUUACACAUAUGCCACUCUGGUUCCAGUGACAGGGAACUCUAUGCUUAACCCUCUGAUCUAUGCCUACAGAAACAAACACAUACAGAGAGUGCUGCGACAGGCCUGCUGCUGCUGCUGCUGCUGCCUACCCAACACACCUAACAAAAACACACACACACCCAGUGAUGUCUGAGCGAGUCUUCUUUAAGCUCAAUGAAGACCAUAUCAGAACCAUUUGGGAGAUGCCAUGGUGCCAUAUUUGCAUUGUCAUACAUUUUUUAUAUUUGUUGUCUGUCAAACACACAGAUUAAUCACUGUGCCAGUUGCCAUACCUCUUAUCUGACAGGGGUUCUUGAUCUCUUCAUCAUUGUAUUCUUUUAAAAAAACGGGUUUAUUUAAACUGCAAUGCAUUUUUACACUGAGAACAACGGAGACUGCCACUUUCCGGACUCUUUCAUUUUACAGAUCCUUUUAGGUACUUGCCAACUAAAGGGGGAAAGCAGAAUCCCCUCUUUGCUCUAACCGUCUCAAUUUGUGCCUCAUGACUUUAUGUCCUCUGAAAUUCAGAGUUUACUGAUGGAAUUAAAAUCAUUUGCACUUUACAGCAACUGGACUUGAUGAAAUGUUUUCGGUUUUGCUUGUACUUAUUUAAUGAUCAAAUUAUCUUCCAUUUAUUGUUCUGACAAAAUUAUGUUUUUUUAUACGUCAUAGUUGUCUUGUUUGCACAUAUCAUGUAUCAAUGUUGCACAAAAUGUACAAAUGUAUGAGUGGAUGUAUUCAUGUUGAGAUGAGUUUUAUGGAAGAUGUUUAUAAUGAAUAAAAUUGUAACGUUUGUAAA